GGUUGGCGCGGCGCAAUGCCUCAUCAAUAACUGAUUUCACACACAGCUCCUCGCCUGCUCUACCCGACACAGAGGGGCCCCCCAGUCCAGAGAUAUGGGGGGGAACAUGAGACUGUGGGUGCUGGGCUCAGCCUUGGUGGAGACGUUGCUCUUUUCUGGGUGUCUUCUUGGUUGGAACUCGCUGAGCCCCAUCCUGGUGGAGAUUGGGGUGCUCGCUCGAAACUGCUAUUCAGAUUCCGGGCUUCCUGCGGAGAGGAAUAACUACUCAACACUGGUGUAUGGAAGUAAUUACACCGAUGGUACGAAUGUUUCUGUAUCACAGCUAUUGGAGGUGUCCUCGUCGCUGGUUCGGAACGACCCUGGACCUGGUCAGCCAGCACUGGAGGACUUCUGCAUCUCUCAGGAGCAGAACCUGAACCUGGCCUUCACCCUGGGGUCCUUCUUCCUCUGGGGAUCCUUUCUCCCCUUACAGCUGCUCUUGGGAUAUGUCCAGAUCAGGUCACUGCGGCAGAUUGGAGGGGCCCUGAUAGCCGUGUCUUGUCUGAUGCUGGCCUAUUGCUGCACCAACCCUCCCAGUCUGUCCAUGUUCCUGCCCUUUGCGUUGGUGGCUCAGGGGGUCGGGGGAAGUUGUGUUGCCUUCUCCUCAUUGAUGCUUCCACAUUUCCUGCCUGACGUCGGCGCGGUUUACCCCUCUCUGGUGAUAGCGAGUUUUGCAGCGUCGGCCACGGUGUUGACCAUCGUCAAGGUCCUCUACAAUUUUGGGGUUCCCCUCGUCCCCAUAGUCUUGGGGUACGGGGCCCUUUCUUUCUUCAUGUUCCUGAACAGCUUCUUCUGCUGGAAACUGGAUGAGAACAUUUCGGAUGAAGGGAACAUGUACAGGGUGCGGUUGCGCCUGAACUGCUCUGAGAUCCUACGAAAGAAGGAAGAGCAGAAGGAGGAGUGGUGCCAGAAAUCUUUGAAGUCCAAAUUCCACGCCUCUCUGCGGGACCGGGACCGGCUCCUCAGCCGAAGGAGGACCCUGAGCUUCAAGAGGCCAGAGGGCUCAGCGACUCCGUCCCUCCAGGAAAGUCUCAUGACCCCAACCUUCAUUCUGCACCUCUUUUCGGACUCCGUCCUGCUUACCUGGAUUUAUUUCUAUAUUUCCUCGCUGAACUUACAACUGAGAAGGGCGACUGAUCUCCAUCGCCAAGCAGAUCUCUAUUCCUCCCUGUUUGGGGCUCUGCAAAUGCUCGGCUUGUUCGCGGCCCCUCUAAUCUGCGUCCUGCUCCAUAACCACCACCUGAGGAAGCGACCCGGGAAGCACCCAGAGGGCGAGAACAGGGCUUCAUACCGAAUUGUGUGCAGUGUGAAGAGACUCUGCGUAGUCUACGGCCUCAGGACUCUCCUAAUUUGUGGCUUCGGUGUGGUGUGUCUGGUCUCAUCUCUGGAACUUCAGAUCCUGGCGUUCGUCUUUCACAUCAUUGGAAGGGCGUCCAUGUUUAUGGUUAGCACCAGCCUGUAUCACGUCAUGUUCCACAAGGAUCACUUUGGAUCUCUGCUGGGAAUCCAUACGGUCAUCACAUCCCUCUUCGCACUUCUACAACAUCCGCUCUUCCUGCUGCUUACCGGCCCGCUGGAGGGCGAUCCUUUCUGGAUUCAUGUGGUGUUCCUGGCGCUUUCCCUCGGCUCAUUCGCUGUCCCGGUCUACCUGGUCAUCAGGAAAAGGCAGAAGCAGCACCAUGUCCUCUCUCGCCCCGUUUAUUAUCACCCAGCCAAGAUCCUCACCCACCCCGCUAAAACUACAGCCUGACAUCAAAGAGAUUUAUAGAUUUUUUUACAGUCGUUAUGAGUGAAUCAGAUCAGUUUAAUGUAAAUUAUUACAAAUAUAUAUCUGUUUAA